AUGAUUCAAGGAAUCGCCCACGUCAACCUCACAGUGCACCCCGGCACGCUAGAUGAUGCCCUGGAGUUUUAUAGCAAGACCCUCGGAUUAACUCCGGCGCCAGUCCCAGAGCUUCAGAAGGGGACUAUACUAUGGUUUAAUAUUGGCUCGAGCGGACAGCAGAUUCAUGUUACUAUGGGCCCAACGGAUCCCGAACACACACGGCAUCCGUGCUUCAAGCUUGAUACCCGUGAGGAUCUUGAAGCUAUGAAGAAGAAGAUUCAUGAUCACUAUGCUCGGGGAGGUCCGGCGGCGCCGAUGGCGGCUGACAAGCCCGGGGACAUGGACUCAGGUACACAAGGAAAGGAAUAUCCUAAGCGGUUCUUUGUCCGUGAUUAUGCUGGUAAUUUGCUUGAGUUUACGCUAUAG